CAAAAAACCAUUUCGAAUUGUGGAAAAUGAAUGAAUACAUACCGAAUAGAUAUAAAUUCCUGCAGAAAAUUGGCGAAGGUGUGCAUGGAGUUGUGCUUAAAGCCAUCGAUACUCAUAAUAAUGAUAAAGUUGUUGCUAUAAAGAAAGUUGCAUUGAGAACGAAAUUCGGAGGAAUCUCACCAAAUACGUUAAGAGAAAUCAAAUCUCUACAGCAUGCAGACUGUGAAUUUAUCAUAUCCUUAAUUGACAUGUAUCCUGACUUGUCAGGCUUAGCUCUUGUCUUUGAUUACAUGCCACAUACUUUGUAUUCAAGGCUAAAGGAUGAGGAGAAUCCAUUAUCUAGGCAACAAAUUCAAUCAUACACAAAAAUGCUUUUGACUGGACUUGCUUAUUUGCAUGAUGAGCUUAAAAUUAUGCACAGGGAUAUAAAGCCUGCCAACUUAUUAAUCAAUGAGCAUGACGUUUUACGAAUCGCUGAUUUUGGCCUUGCAAGACUGUUCAAUCCAGAUGAUUCAAGGAAGUGUUAUUCUCCACAAGUGGCAACAAGAUGGUAUCGACCUCCGGAAAUUCUUUGGGGUGCUCAAAUUUAUGGAUGUAAAAUUGACAUUUGGGGUGCUGGGCUGGUGUUUGCUGAGAUGUUGAGGGGUGUUCCAUUGUUUGCGGGUAACACAGACAUCGAGCAGUUAGCAUUAGUAAUCAGAACAUUAGGAAAUCCAACGGAUACAUGGCCAGAAGUAACUAGUCUACCAGAUUACAACAAGAUAAGAUUUCCGAAUAGCAGACGCGAGGAAUGGAUUGAUAUAUUUCCAAGUUUUACAACCAAAGAGGAAAUUGGACUUGUUGAUGCACUUGUUAAAUACAAUCCUAAACAGCGCUUGACAGCUGCUCAAGCACUUCAUCAUGAAUACUUUAAAUGAAUGUGGAGGAACUGUGAUUUCUCGUUCUUCCGUUUUAAGCACUUACUGAUUUGCGAUCAUAACCACAGCAUCCUUAAUUUACAAAAUGAAAUUUCCUAGUGCUUGAUGGAACGGAAAUGUGUAUGUUUUGGAAUUAUUGUAUUGAGGGGGGUCUUUGUAUUGAAU